GUCUGAAAAAAGCUACACCCAAUGACUUUCUCGGCUAGUCUCCGCCGCAAAUAAUAUGAGUUUCCUCAAAGGCCUCAUCGACUCUUUCGGCUCCGUCUUCUCCGAAUCCUCCGCCGCCUCCUCCUCAUACCCAAACCCUAGCGCUCCCGAUUCUUCCGCCAUGGACGGCGUAGCUGGUGCUUCGGUCACGAACGAGCGCGUGGCGUACAAGCUCAAGGGCUACUUCGAUUUGGCGAAAGAGGAGAUCGCCAAGGCUGUUAGGGCUGAGGAAUGGGGCUUGGUUGAAGACGCCGUUGCUCACUAUAAUUGCGCCCAGAGAAUUCUAGCUGAAGCUAGCUCCACUCCUGUGCCUUCCUUUAUCAGCUCCAGUGAGCGAGAGAAGGUGAAAUCGUAUCGUCAAAAGAUAUCAAAAUGGCAGGGUCAAGUUUCUGAUAGGUUACAAGUCUUAAGUAGACGUCCAGGUGGUACGCCCAUAAACAAGACAGUAGCUCCUGCACGAACAGCUGCAGCUACACCAACAACGUCAAGUUCACGAAAUCAUGUGAUACCCAAGACUUUGCAUCCCAGUACAAGCAUGCCAGCAACAAGGAUUCAGACCAAUAAUAUUGUAAGAUCAAAACCUGUGCAAGAUUCUGGUGGAGGUUAUGAUGAAAAGUUGGUUGAAAUGAUAAAUAGUGCCAUAGUGGAUAGAAGUCCUUCAGUUAAAUGGGAAGAUGUUGCCGGACUUGAGAAGGUGAAGAAAACUUUGAUGGAGAUGGUUAUUUUACCAACUAAGAGAAGGGAUUUGUUUACUGGCCUUCGAAGGCCGGCUCGAGGUCUGCUUCUGUUUGGUCCACCUGGUAAUGGGAAAACCAUGCUUGCUAAGGCAGUUGCUUCAGAAUCAGAGGCAACCUUUUUUAAUGUAUCUGCAUCUUCACUGACGUCCAAAUGGGUGGGAGAGGCUGAAAAGCUUGUGCGGACACUUUUCAUGGUUGCUAUAUCCAGACAGCCAUCUGUAAUUUUCAUGGAUGAGAUUGAUAGUAUCAUGUCAACAAGGCAGGCAAACGAAAAUGAUGCAAGUAGAAGGUUGAAGUCAGAGUUUCUAAUUCAAUUCGAUGGAGUGACAUCAAAUCCUAAUGAUCUAGUAAUUGUGAUUGGUGCUACUAAUAAGCCUCAAGAACUAGAUGAUGCAGUUCUUAGGAGAUUGGUUAAGAGAGUAUACAUACCUUUACCAGAUCUAACUGCUAGGAGACUUCUCCUAAGUCACAAACUUAAAGGCCAAGCAUAUUCCUUACCAAGUGGAGAUCUUGAACAACUUGCAAGAGACACCGAAGGUUAUUCAGGAAGUGAUCUACAAGCAUUGUGUGAAGAAGCAGCAAUGAUGCCAAUUAGGGAACUUGGUGAAAACAUACUCACCAUCAAGGCAAAUCAGGUGAGACCACUAAGACUUGAAGAUUUUCAGAAGUCAAUGACUGUAAUCAGACCAAGUUUAAGCAAAAGCAAGUGGGAAGAGCUUGAACAAUGGAACGAGGAAUUUGGGUCUAACUGAACGCCUAUCAUGGCAUUCUCCAUAAUUUAUGUGAUAAAAGCAAUCCUCAGUAUAUUUGGCCACAAGUAGAAACAUGAUGCAGCAAAACACAGGAGGCGGAAUGAGGAAGAAAAAGAACAAAUGAAAAGUUCAUCUUAGUUGUGUAUAUAUCACACCUCAAACCAGACUGCCUGGCGCAUUCUUGGUGUUCUUUUGUAUGAGAGCUGAGGUGUAAUUGUGACAGUAAAUGAUGAAUAACGAGUAUUGUACAAGCUGUAUAUGAUUUCUCUAACAUGAUCUGAAUUAUAAGCGGAAAAGUGUUUGGAUACAGGAUUAUGAAAGUUGACCUGUUCUUGGGUGCUACCCCUGCACCCCUCUAGUUUCUGGAGGAUCAUAAAGUUCAUGUCCCCUAAGUAAAAAUU